AUGAAAAAUCAUGGUAAUAAUAGUCCACAAUCGGAACAACAUAAUUAUAAACAUGAAGAUUCGAUUCAUAAAAAUAAUAAUAAUGAUGAUUAUGACCAAAAUAAUGAUCAUGCAUUGAAUACUGGUAUUAUAUUAAUAAGAAAUGAGAAUCAUGAAAAUGGUAAUCAACAACAACAAUCAUCAUCAUUGGAAGCAGCAGCAAUCAAUUUUGAACAGCAGCAGCAUCAAGGAUCAUCAUCAUCAUCAUUAUCAUCAUCAACAAUUGAUUCGAUGAUUAUCACCACACAACAAAUUCCAUCACCUCCUCCACCACCACCCCCUACACAAUCCCAAUUUCCUUCAUCAUCAUUAUCAAGACAUUCAUCAUCAGUGGCAUCACCAUCAAUACCAACACCAAAACCAAAUGUAAAACAAAUUCAACAAUUUUUGGAAAAUAAACAACGUACUAACAGCAUCAACAACAACAACGAUAAUGGUUUUGAUAAAAAAUGUCGGCAUUUUUCUCGAGCAAAUCGAUUGGCCGUUCCUAAACGUCCUCCAUUACCGAUCGUUGGUGAUUAAUAUUAUUGUCGUUGACUUGCGAAUGUGAAUGUCAUCAAUCAUAUAAAUCAUCCAUAUUUAUUGAAAGAAAGAAAGAAAGAAAAGAAAGCUAAUUGAAGCAAAACACUAAUUA